GGUGUGAGAAGCCAUACAUAUACAUAUAAAGCCAAAAGAACAACAUCAUUCAUUACUCGCUGUAGUCUUUACUCAGUUCUGACACUAGCCCUAGCUCCCCAAUAAUAAUAUCACUAAAGAACUACAGAAUAAUAUUUUGUACUAUUAAAUCGAAGAAAUUGUUACGAUGGAACAAACACAUGCAAGUACAUCAGCUGCUGUCCCUCGAGAAAGUCGGUCAAUAUUCAUAUGCAGCCAUGACCAUUCACAGUGCUAUCAUGCACAAGCCGGUUCAGUAGAAGUCGAUUCUGAUGUAUGGCCCGACAGCGAUUCACCAAACAUCAGUUGUAGCAGUGAUCCCGACCGACCAUCUUGGAUAGACAUGGUUGAGGAGCAAGAACUGAUGGAAUGUUUGAACCUAAAGAAAGCUGAAGUCACCAACAAUAAAUGUAGUCAAUUACAAGUUUCCAAGCUCACGGAUUCACAAAAAGCUUGCCUGUCCUGGAUGACCGACACAUACUCGUUUCCUAUGAAUAUUUGGAACAGUUUGAUGAAUACACUCGUGAACCACCCUCGUCUACUGGACCAGUAUUCCGAAUUUACUCUGACCAACUUUGCGAAGCAGACGCCAUUAUUAAUGGAACGGGCACUUGGAAAAUGGCAGAGUUACGACUUGAGUAAAUUCCGAAACGCUUGGGAUCUUCUUCACGUAUGCGUGUUGUACGCCAUGUAUCAAUGAUAAAGAAUCAAAUCUGCAUAAUAUAGAUUAUUAUAGAUUAUUACACAUACUUCAUUAUGACCAUUUUAAGGUCCUUUCGAUUAGAUUAUUAUCUAGUCACUUUUAUUAUAAGCAUUUACCAAGUGUACCUGAAAUCAAACGUCCCACACGAUUUUACUGUCAAAAAGAUACACCGUAAUUGCCCAACCAUUCUGUAGUCGUAGUCGUACACCAUUAUUGUCAUAAUAAACUUAGUGUUUGAAUGAAA